AUGCAGGCGCACUACUAUCAUUCUUCGAGUAGCCCGAACCAACCAGGAGGGUCAUAUGAACUUCCUCCGGUGCACGCGGUGACCUCGCCUCCAGCUCCAUUUCAACCGCAUGGGCCCGCACCUGCUCCUCUACUCUCCGCUCCGCCGAGUCGACCCGACAGCGGGUUGAGGAUGGCCCAUCUACUGCAGCCGUUGGCACAACAUAUGCCCAAUCCUCCGCCACCCCCCGUUACGAACGCUCCCACCUACGCUCGUUCGUACGAGUCGAGUGGCUCUCCCGCUGAAGGCGCAUCGAUGCUCGCCGAUGCGCCUCCCCUCAAUGGUCCCGGACUGCUUCAGCCGAUGGGCGGAGGUGCUGCGGCUGGAUCGCACCCUCAUCAUCAGUCACAGCAGCCUUUGCAGCAAAAGAGGGCCUAUCGACAGCGGAGAAAGGACCCCAGUUGCGAUGCCUGUCGGGAACGCAAAGUCAAGUGUGACGCUUCCGAGUCGUCCAGUUGCACAGAAUGCACCAACCGUAAGGUGCGCUGCCAGUUUACCAAGGAGACGAAUCGACGCAUGUCUUCCAUCAAGUUCGCAAGUCCAAGACCUCGAAAAACAGCUGCUGUCGACCAAGCAACAGACUACAGCAACUUCGGUACGGGCAUGUUACGAUCGGACAAUCUGAUGGAUCUGGAUAUUGAUGGUGCGGGGCAGCCUCAGCUGAAGCUUCCGGACGCCGGGUAUCGUCCCCCGCGCCGGCCACAAGCGCCUGUGAUGCAGGAUCUGACCGAGGCUCGUGCGAAUCUGCGGAAAUACGGCAAAGGGAUCCUGAGGGUGCCACCUCCAUACCGUCAGCCCGGCCCCAAGUCCUUGAUCACUGCUGAUCCUCCACGCCUUCCCCCGAAGGAGCUGGCCAAUCGCUUGCUGGGACAGUACUACGCUUGCAUUCACUCCGUCCUGCCUGUGAUCCAUUGGCCGACCUUUGUCGCCCAGUUCGAGGAGGUCUACCAAGCAGGAACCCUCCUCGGCGUGCCCCGCGAAUGGGCCGCGGUUCUAUUCGGAGUCUUUGCAUGUGGGCGUCUGCACACCUUGGAAGCGAAUCGGGAAGAGGAAGGCAAAGAAUUCGUGACUGUUAGUUGCGGGGUGAUUGAUGUAUGGCAGGACAACUUCACCCUGGAUCAGGCACGGGCGGCGCUGCUGGUCAGCAUUUUCUUGUACGAGGUUAAUUCGCAGUCGGCGAGCUGGGUCUGGAUUGGGUCCGCAAUUCGAGUCGCGCAGGAGAUUGGCCUGCAUUUGGAGUCAGGGCCUUGGCCCCCUCUGGAAGGCGAGAUGCGGAAGCGGUUAUGGUGGGGCAUGUACACCUGGGAUAGGCUUCUCGCCUUGGAGAUGGGAAAACCAGUUCUCAUCAACGAUCAAGACUGCGAUGUGGGCCUCCCGUGUCCCAUCGAUGAGCAGUAUCUUUCGGACGGGGCAGUGGUGCCGGAAAGCUCCCAAACGUCUCCAUUACUGGCCACCAUACAUGUGGUUCGAUCCAUCGGCCAGCUAUCUCGAACGUUGAAAAGUCCGACAAUGAGUCUCGGAACCCUUGAAACUUUCGAACGACACUUUAACACCUGCCUCGCGACCUUUCCCCCUCAGUAUCACCCUACAGCCGACCAGUAUCUCGACCCCCGCACCCUCGCACCAAUUCUCUACCUCCAAAAUGCCCGCCUGAUCCUCCACCGUCAUAAUAUCUCUCCUUUCUGUUCUCCCGAGGCUCGAGCGUCAUCGUUGGACUACUGUAUUUCCACCGCCCAGGAUACCGCUCGCUUACUGUCUCGUUGCAUGCGGGCCCCGUCCAGCCCGGGAAGUGGGUUUACCGCUACGAGCGGCGAUGACUGGAGACCACUGCUGGCGUCCUCCGCAGGAACCAUGCUGUGUGUGCACCUUUGGCGCUGUGCACUUUUACUCCUUUUCCGCCAGGAUUACGCUCCUGCUCUCGUCUGUGUCCAGGCGAGUACUGCCAUUGGUGAUUCGCGCGCGGUGAAUCUGGCCUGUGGACGCUAUCUUGCAUUCUUCCUCAAAGUGAUGUUGGACCGGUUACGGCGCAACGAACUAGCAGUGCUCGACCGCGACGAAGAGUUGAUGGUAUAUGUAUCCGGCGACAUGCAAGGAAGUGCGGAAAGUAAUUGGGUCUGGCAGGGCAGUGAGACCGGCUCGCAGCUGGAGGUGAUGUCGCCCAAAGUCAGUAGCCCAGUGGCUUAUUCCCAUCCGGAGGCCAGCGCAGGGCCAGAAGGAUGGGAAGGGUGGAAAUGGGUGGAGCAGACGGUGCAGUACCUCCACGAGCGACAGCAGCAGCAGCAGCAGCAACAAGAUCUUCAGCAUCGUACCAAACCCGCGGAGUCGACAUAUCUCGGGCCCGAAUCCGCCACCGCGAGCUCUGAUGCGACGACUCCCCAGUCGAGCUCGUCUCAUUCGCGGAUGACUAUCGCGAGCAUUAUAUGA